CUCAACUUUACCAAUUUCAUAAGAAAAGUCAAUUUCCCUUUUCGUGUCCUCAAAGCUCCUUCCUUCUCUUCCUCUAUCGUCAUCCCUCGCCGUCCAGCCCACCAAUCCGCCGUAAAUCGAAACCAUUCCGUCAAAUUCCACCCAACUUUGCCUCCGUUCCCCUCUGUUUCGACCCUCACUCUCGCUCCAAAUCUAGUCAGGCUCUUAUCAUAAAGAAAAAAACCAUUUAUGAACUCGAUAAAGAAGAACCCAUAAAGCAUCUCAUUUGAUGCUAUUGCUGGAAGACGACUGGAGAAGAAUGGAAAAGUCGCCUGGCAAAAGAAAUAAUAAGAAGGAGAGAAAGAUUAUCAAUCCAGUUCUACAACAACGCUUUUCGAUUUCAUGGAAUCGGGCAUGAAACGGGAAAGCAAAGGAGGCCAUGCAAUCAUUGACUCCCAGAACCCUCAUCUUCCACGCUUAAGCUCUGAGUCCUUCCUCAUGAUCCAUCCCCACAUCUUCCACCUCGCAUCCUCUCUUGUUCUCACUUCAGCUUCCCUUGAUUUUCUCAUUGUUGCUUCUCAUCCGUUUGAGGAGAGGAACUGGUUCAAAACCAUGUUUUACGUGGAACAAACCAAGUACAUGAAAGGAACAAGCCUACAAAGAUUAUAUGUCUGGGAGAUUUUCCUUUUAUUUCAAGAAUGGGUUUGGAGCAAAGCAGCAGCUUAUUGCUAUCAUUGAUUAUGUGCUGCUAGCUUUGGGUUGUCAGGUAAGAGUCAAUAAAUUUAAAAUGUGUAACAACUUGUUCUAGUUUGUUGGAGUCCGUAGUUAGUGUCUGCGUUAGUGGGCUUAGAUGCAGCUGAGAUUAGAGAAGUCAGUUAAAAAUAUGUAGAUGUGCAGUUUGUACUUAUGUUGGUUUUCAGUGUUCAAUAAAAAUUAAGGUUUUUGCUCUGCUAAUCAUGUAUUAAGCUUGACCUCUGUAUGCUUUCCUUUAUAUUUAUGUUGCAAUGUUUUCUUUGUUGGAAGGAUUCAAAGUAUGUCAUCUACUGGCAUCAGGUUUGGUUUUGUGUUGUGAUUUUUUUUUUUUGUGUCUAUCUCUAUCUUGCUUUCGUACUUUUUUGGUGUUCCUCUGUGUUUGGUUCUAUGAAUGCACGAUCUGCAUAUUCUACUCCAUCACUCCAUAUUGUCACUCAAGGCGACAUCUCUUACUUCUGAAGUGAUUCUGUGAGAGCAGUUUAUGUGGGAGCAGCAGUCGAUGCCCUCCCCAACAGUUCAACUCCAUCUUUGACACAAGCCACUCUUGUGAGACUGAUCAGCGAUGGAAGCACGACAAACUAGGAAGAAAUUAUUGGUUCUAGAUAUGUCAAUAAAGGUGUUGUAUAGCCUUUUUGGGUGUUGUGGGAGUUUCUUCAGGGAAUUAGGAUCAUCAGUGAUGUCGAUCUUGCCUUGCUGACCUUUUUAACUCCCAGUUUAUUUGCUUCUUUAAUUAGAUGAAUCACUGCAAUUAUCAGUAAGAGCAACAUGAUGUAAUUCUUUAUUAGAGCAUUAACCUAUAAGCAGGUUAACUAUGAUUAAUGUUGGUAAGUUGCAAAUUAUGUUGUUUUACCUACACUUUGAUUGCAGCUUUUCGUUUUUGGAAUGAAAUUUCAUGAUUCUC